GUACGCUGAACGUUUUCUUUUUGUAUGCGCCCGCAAAAUAACUUAGCGUCGCGGCGGCGCAUGGACUUCCCGGAAACUCCGACGGCCACGUGCAAAAAUACCCAGCGAGCGUUGUCGUCGUCGGUCGCGUCGAAAGAUUUUACUUACGGAAUUAUAUUGGCGGUUAUACGUGUGUUGGCGCAGUUGAUGCGGCCCUAGGGCUAUCGAUUAAGCUCGAUUGUAUGGUUGUGUGUUUCGAAAUAAUGUUUGCAUUUUCCAGUUUGUUUUCCCAGUGAAAUAAACAGAACAUGUGGUCACGAAUGUAACCUCCUUGUGAAAGGCACCGGUGCCCAACACUAUCUGAACAUAUUUUAAUAAGCACCGACCCUUGGUUCACAUCCACGGUUCAAAGUUCAAAAACCCCCGAAGUGGGGAAGAAGUAAAAAGAAUAUCAUGAACCGACAAAACAGAAGAAGGAUGAAGGUAAAAAGGAUCAAAUAAGGCUAUGCCUCACAUAAAAGCUCCUUUCCCAGAAGCAUUCGCAAUGGCUUUAGACGAGCAACAACAGACAUUAUUGAACAACAGAACAAGAUCUCAACUUUCAGUAACAAUUGUGGAAGCUGGACCAACACCUCAAAUUAGUCCCAUAUCUGAUAAAAGCACACAACACUUACUAUCUGGUCCACUUGAAACAGAAGUACAUUCAUUUGAAUACGAACAUCAAAAUGUAGAAAAACGAAAUGAGAGCUGUUACCAACAACCUGUGUUUGAAAAAAAAUUCUACCUAAGACAGACAUACACAGUGACUUGGUGGAGACAUGAAGAUACUCGGCUUCUCUAUAUUCCACAGUUGGACGCUGGUACAAGGAGUUUUAGCUGGGUACACUUAGAACACCCACUGAAGAUGAACAUCGCAAAGGGCACCCGUCCACAUCUUUCCUUUUGGUUAUAUUUGAAAAAGGCGAAAAUGUUGUAUUGGUCGAUCGAUGGCACCGUCCAAUAAAUCCUUGCAAACGAAUUGUGUAUCAAAAAGGUCUCUGCGCGUUGGGUACCGAGGAUGUUAACCGAGUAGAAACGGGUCGACACUUCGAGGAUGAAUCUCAAAAAGUUCUAAGUAGAUCGAGAAAAUUUUUGGUUAUGUUUCCUGAUGAUGGAAGAGGCCUGCACCCUUGGAAGAGACCUGGAUCUACCAAUUUGAUUCUGAAAUCAAACAACAACGAGCCACCCCACCGACGUCGGAAAAAUUCAAUAAGUUCGACUGGAAAGGUACAUUUUUUGAGACGCUGAAGGAAUAAUUUUGGUGGAAUAUUUGGAAAAGGGAGCCACUAUUUCGGGCUCUUACUAAGCAGACGCUUCGAACUUCUCAAGCACUCCCGUGUUCUUCACAAGAUCUGGCUACUAGUAACUUCUACCUCUUAUCUCAGCUUAAAGAACACCUCCGAAGUAAGAAAUUUGGAGACGAUAUCGAAGUGGUGGUUGCUGUUGAGGUGUUUUGGGAAGGCCAAGACAAAGCUUUUAAAUCUAAGGGAAUGCUGGGCUUAAAUUUAAACUAAAUGUAUUGAC